UGUUGGGAGAGGACCCACAAUUGAACGGCAAAAUGUCACCAAAACAAACCACAGAAGCAAAAAAAAAAUGACUCAGACCGCUGAACUUUUUCAAAAGUGGAGUUGUGUUAGAGAUAGAAGCUCAACCGAGACCUGCAGAGUGACACAGAGGAACUCCUAAAUUGACAGGGGCGGUCGUUCUCAGUCAGCGCACAUAUUCCACUUGGCCAGCAUCCCUUGGAGUCCACAGACACAGUGCUGAUUGAAGGAGCGGAGGGGAGCUCAUUUUCAGAGCGCGUGAUUGUGUUACAGGGGCUUCACUUCAGACUGUCACUGGUCAGAGAGAAACAGAGUGGGAGACAGUAAAAGCAUCUCUACCACGCCUUUAAAAGUAGACAGUCCACAUAAGAAGAAAUCGGGUGUAUGGGAUUUUUUGGCAAACUAACCUUUCUUGAGUUUUUCUGAAGGAAAGUGUGUUUAUCCUUGGGAGGAAAGACUGUUGUGGUGCCGAGCGGCGUGUCUCCGUGCGUAAAAUAAAAGUUUAACACUGCAAAGAGAUCAUUGGAGAGGUGUGGGAGCUCGGCAAACUCCCCGUUUUCACUCUCCGGGAUUGUUGUAAAGCUCAUACCGGACCGGAGGAUAUAUAACUUUUGAACACGUUUUGUGGAGAGACACGGACACAGGCGGGUUGGUUUUUGCGGGGAGCGGAGCGAUCCUCUUCGCUGAGCCGGGAGGAUAGCGCGCGGCGCCGGGUAGCAGACUGACCCAACGGGCGGCAACCUCGGAGAGAAGGUUAUGACGGAACUGAGCUGAACAUGGAGCCUUUCUGGAUUUUGUUAUUUUCUAGUGUCUGUCCUCUCACCUGGGGCCAAGGAGUUUACGCUCCAGCCAACGCCCAGAUCGUGCAUUCAGGCGCUGCGUGUAAUGUCAAGGAUGAUAACAUCAGUGAGAGGAUCUACACCAUCAAAGAGGGAGACACACUAGUGCUUCAGUGUAUUGUUAAAGGACAUCCAAGACCACAGGUACGGUGGACGAAAACAGCAGGCAGUGCAUCAGACAAGUUCCAGGAAACACCCAUCUACAACGAGACCCUGCGCAUCGAGGGCAUCCUGAGGGUGCAGGGAGGUCGCUACUACUGCAAGGCCGACAACGGGGUGGGGGUGGCUGCCAUCAAGUCCAUCCGUGUAGAUGUGCAGUACCUUGACACACCAGUUCUGACGGUGCACCAGACCAUCAGUGAUGUACGCGGCAGUUACUACCAGGAGAAGACGGUGUUCCUGCGCUGUACUGUCAACUCCAACCCUCCUGCUCGGUUCAUCUGGAAACGUGGGACCAUGCUCAUUGAACAGAGCAAGGACAACGGAGUUGACAUCUAUGAGCCGCUUUACACUCAGGGGGAGACCAAGGUGCUUAAGCUGAAAAACCUCAGACCAAAGGACUUUGCUGAUUACACAUGCCAGGUGUCUGUUCGCAAUGUGUGUAACAUCGAAGACAAGUCGGUCACCUUCAGGCUCACAAAUGCAACAUCUCCACCAAUGAUUCGACUGUCAGUGAACGACACAGUAGUCGUGGAUCCAGGGCAGGAUGUGCUCCUAACCUGUGAGGUGACCGCAGGUUUCCCGCUCCCCACUGUGACGUGGUCCCGUUACCCAGGCCCACUACCCCUCAGCGCUCAAGUUCGGGGGCCAACACUGAUUUUGCGAGCUGUCACACCAUCUGAUGCAGGCUUUUACAACUGCACGGCUGUCAACAAUGUGGGCAACCCUGCUCGCAAGAACGCCAAUCUUGUUGUCAGAACAAUGAGCAACCUGACCUUCCAGAUCACACCGGACUCCAACAAGGACAGCGAGACCAUCCAGAUGGGUCGGGACCUCAAGCUGUCGUGCCACGUCGAUGCAACCCCGCAGGACAAGGUCAACUACACCUGGUACAAGAACGGUGCCCCCGUCUUCAACUCAGACAGCCUGAUCCUGCUACGCAGUGACCCAGACAUGGCGCCCGGCACUAGCAGCUUGGAGAUUGUCGACAUGAAGUUCAGAGACUUGGCUACCUACAGCUGUGUGGCAAACUUCCCAGGCAGCAGGGUGCCAGAGCUCCGGGUGGAUGUCAACAUCUCACAGAACAGUGUCUCUCCACCAGUACUGGCAGUUCCACCAGGAGGGCAAAUUGUCAACGUGAGAGAGGGAGGAAAUAUUGACCUGGUGUGCUUGGUGGUGGAUGGCAAACCACGCCCACCUAUACUCUGGUCACGGCUGGAGAAGGACCUGCUGAUGCCUUCUGGAGAGACCAUGGUGGAGACGCCUGAUGGACGCUUGAGGCUGAAGAACGUCAGCAGGGACAUGAUGGGAGUGUACCGGUGCCAGACUGCUCCAUACAAUGGGCUUAACAUCAAACGCAGAGAGACACAGGUCCAACUCAAUGUGCAAUAUCCUCCCAUAGUGGACCCGGUCUUCCAGGAUGUACGUUCCAGGAACUAUCAAAUGGUCACCCUGAGGUGUACGGUGCUGCGGUCAAACCCUCCACGUCUAACAGACAUACGCUGGUUUCGCAACGGGGACUUCAUACGUAUGCCAAUGCCUGACCUGAAGGAGACACCUGAGCUGAAGUUCAAGCUGGAACCUACCAACAACGGCUCUUACGAGUGUCGAGUCAGCAACAGUGCAGGAACAUCAACAUGCACAUUUAAUGUCACUGCACAACCCUACAAUGCAGAGUUCUACUUUGACACUCCAAACCCAGUCCGAAUCCUGAAAGGGAACAAUUAUUCAUACAGCCUACAGUGGACACAGAGAGAUCCAGAGGCCACAGACCGCAUCAUAGGCUACUGGAUCAAUGUCCGAAAGAACAAGCAGAACCUGCUGUCCAAGCAGAUAGACCUGAAGGGAAAGGAGCCAGAGAAGGGUGUACUGCUCUCCUACACUGUAACAGAUCUGAGGAUCCCUCUGUCCUACGAGGUACGACUGGCACCCAUCACUACCUACAGCACCGGGGACUACGUCAGCCGACUUAUACAGUACUCAGAGCCCUACACCUACCCCAGACCCUCAGAUCAUGUGUGUGGUUUUGAGGAUGAGCGCGUCUGUGGUUUCACUCAAGACCGGAGCGAUGUCUUCGACUGGACGAGACAGAAUCACCUGACACAGAAUCCAAAGCGAUCUGCCAACACUGGGCCUGAGACUGACCGCAGUGGAACCAAGGAGGGGUACUACAUGUUCAUUGAAGCAUCACGGCCUCGUGUUCAGGGGGACAAGGCUCGCCUGCUUUCUCCACUUUUUAAUGUGACCUCUGUCAGGGGCCCCAAAGGCUCCGGCAGGGUCCCAUACUGUGUCUCCUUCUACUACCACAUGAAGGGAAAACAUAUUGGUAUUCUCAAUGUGCUCCUGAGAGUGAGAAGCAUCGCCUCGGUGGACACGGUGAUAUGGAGCAAGUCUGGUCAUCAGGGCCCGGACUGGAGGAAAGCAUUCUUUGAUAUCAGCCCCAGCGGACCCUUCCAGAUUGUGUUCGAAGGAAUUCGAGGUCCAAGCUUCGAGGGGGACAUCGCCAUUGACGACGUGUCCAUCACCAUAGGGAAGUGCAAGCAGGAGAACACUGUAGCCAGCGCAGUCCUGAUUGGUGGCUCACGCUCGCUCCCAUUGGCCAGCUGGCUGACCUUUGGCCUCUCCUGCUUCCUGUCAUUACUCUACAGAUGAUGAGCACUCCCCACAGCACCACCUGUCUGUAGUGACAGACACUGCCCCAACUUGUGCUCUUUUACUUCUUUCUCUUCCCUUCUCCUCUUCCUUUCUGACACUCGCCUGUCUCCCUAACUGUCCGUCCUUUUCCACUCGUCUUUCUAUCCGCCAUGCAUCCAUUUCAUCCUUCUCGCUGCGAUACAUUGUAACACAAAAUCUCUGUCUUGUUCUCCUGCUCUGCUUUCUUUAAACAUUUCCCCCCUUAGACUCUUAGCAUAACCAGCUGAUGCUCAUGUUGAACUUAAGGUGAACAUAAUUAAUGAUCUGUAACUGUCAGACCUCAUAUUAUCUCCUUUGUCACUCUAUUAGAACAACUUUAUCCAUGUCUGUGUGUCACUUUGUCACCUUAUCCUCACCGCUCUGUCAUCAACCUUCUCCAUCAUUACAUGCGCCCUCGUAUGUAUCUCCACCCCCACCUCCUUGACUCCUCCAUCCUAUUCCCCAGACACACCAAAGUGUCGGACACUCUACCAAAGAUGACAAAGGACCUGAGGGAAUAAAACGAGGAAACAGGGACUCCAGGAAGAAUGUGAAACACAUAGAAAAAAGAAGGAAGAAGUUCUUCUUUUAAAAGAGACUGUCUCCUUUCCAACCCAGCCUUUUGGGAUCGGGGAAGCAGCUGAAUGACAAAGAGACAGAUGGAAAAUAAACUUGAUGAAUGAAUGAAAGAAUAAACAAGUGAACAGCGAGGAAAGGACACGGAGGACUAAAAGAAGGGCGCUCCUGGUAGCCUCUCUGCUCAACCUCUGCUUGCCACAAGAGACAAACCUCAGUGCGGAUUAUACGUGUACAUUUAUCUCUAUAUAUAUUAAAUAUAACAAAGUUUAAACUAAAACACAACUAGGACAGUGGAGGACUUUACAAAGUGGAAUUAAAGAAGCACAACGUUUAUACAA